GGCAAACUGCCGCAUCGGCCAACAAAAGCGGCAAUGGAGCAGUAUGGGCGCCCGGCACGGAAGCCAUCAGCUGUCCCGCCACCGCACGUCGCUUUCCUGUACCCUGCAUCAUGCAAACCGUCGAAACACAACGCACCUUCCACAGCGCCCUCCCGUCACGUGGGGUUCCAUCCAACAAAGCCGAACGAUUCGAACGACCUCCUUCGACGGCCAUCGACCCCCACCGCGGCCACUGGCAUGGAUUCCAAACAGUACGGCCUACCAGCGUGCAACGGCGACUGCCCUGCCUCACAUGGAGACCGCAGCACCGACACACCACCGAAGGCAUCCUCCCCGCAAGGUGACAUGGCCACUUCUCGCGACGCGCUUCCGAACAAUAUGGUGGCGGUCGUGCAUAAAGUGCGCCCUAGCACCGCCUCCGCCGUCAAAUCAACCCGUUUGACGUACAUGGUGGCGGCCAAAUCCAAGUCCCAUCACCGAACGGACGACCACGAGGUCGUCUUGGCAGACCCCGACACGUCGAUUCACCGAGAAGCAGUGCCUCCGGUGAAACUGCGCCCGCGCACCGCAGCUCCAACCAAGCCGCCCCCUCUGACCGCGCACAGCUCCUGCAACAACAACGAUGCCAACCAACCCCAUGCAUCACCAUGCACCACCCUCCGGACAGAGCGACCGGAGACCAGUUCCUCCGACAUGGACUUGUCUAGCGGACGACCCGAUGACUUGCGCUACAUCGACCGACUGAAGGACGACAUCAAGACGAUCCAUACCCUGUUGGCUCAGUCGGAGGCUUCUUCCACUGCAUCGGCCCCCUCCAACGCACCUCUGCCUUCCACGCCGAGCGUCGCCGCCCGCCGCCACGAGUCCGCGCCACUGCCCCCCGACGUUAGGGCGACGUUCGCGCGAUGCAAUCAUCUAAAUACAAGCGACCGGCAGGCUCUUGACCACGCAAAACGCAUGCUCGAGCAAAUGCUGUCAGAUAGCUUAAUGACGCUCAUCGCCAACACGCUCCCGGACGACAGCGUGCUCGAGUGUCGUCCAGUUGAAGCCUUUGGCGGCGACGACGCCGGCACAGUUUACUUGUCCAACUUUCUGUGUCUGUCGCGCCGAGCCGAGCGCCUCAAACACAAGUGCGUGGCGGAAAAGGCCGAGAAAGCAUGCGUCCAAGCCCAAUUGGACGACGUGCACCGCCAACUCGCCGACGCACACGACGACAUUGUGCUGUUCAAGGACGAGCUGGACAAGAUCCGAGGGCGGCCGACAUCGUCCGAGACGUGGGCACGUUUGCGAUCGGAGGUGCUUCGAAGACGAGGAUCGCUGCAUGAUGCAACUUCCCCGGUCGACCAUGACGCCGUGAUGGAGAAGAACAAAGGUCUGGCCGAGCGAGCGGCAGCGCUGGAACAACAAUGUGCCUUGAUCGAAGCGCAAUAUGCAGACCUCCAGUCUGCACACGCAGCGCUCACCCGCGAACGUGCCGUGGCUGCAGAAGCGCAGCUCCAAACCACAAACGAGCUGGAACGAGAGCAGGCCGCGUGUGCCGAGUUGCGGCACACGAUAGCGCAGAACGACGUGCAGCUCCAAACGUUCGCCGCCACUGUGCAGUCGCUUCGAGCGCAGCUGGAGCAAGGGUCCGUGCGACUUGUGAUGUUGGAAAGCGACUUGGCGGCCGCCCAAGCGCAGCUGUGCACGGCGCGCCAAGACGUCAAGAGUAAGAUCAACGAGGUCCAAGCGGCAGCAAAGACGCAGCUGGACCAGGCCGCCGACGCGGCGCGGCAAAAUCUUUGUCAACUUCAACAUGCGUGGGAAACGCGGCUGGCGGAGGUCGAGCAAUCGCAGCAGAUGCAGCUGCACACCGUCGAGUCGUUGCAUGCGCGGGCGUUGACAACGCAAAGCGAAGCUUUCGAUGCCGAGAGGAAGGCAUGGGAGACCGAACGGGUUGCGGCGCAGCGUCAAAUCACCGUCACGGUCGAUCAGCUCCAGCGGGUCCAGGACGCCCUCGAGGCAGAAAAGGCUCGCAGCCACACGAUGACCAACGAGUGGACCGCCCGACUCGACGCCAGCUCCAAGGAGCUAGAAAAUGCCCAACGCCACGUGCACGACCUCGACGCAGCCAACCUUCAGCUCAAACUGGCCGUGUCUGAAACAAAAAUUUCCCUGCGCCAUGACAUGGAAACGACGUGGCUGCAGCAGAUUGCCGCUCUGGAGCACGCCCUCGCCCAGGCACGCGCCAAGCUGGACGCUGAGCGGGAACAAUUCCACCUCGAGCUUCAAACCGAGCGCGAUCGCGUCAAGCAUGUCGUGGACCAAGCCAAGUCAGUGUCGGACGAGCUCGAGACGGCAAAUCUGUGCCUGGCGGAACGGAAGCGCCAGCGCGAGAUCGACCAGGAGGCGUACGAAGCUCGAGAAAAGAGGGCAUCGGAUGCAAUCGCUCGGCUCACAGACGAGCUCCGGGAAGCGCUCCAAACAAAGCCAUCGUUGUCCAAACGGGACUGGGACGCGGAAAUCCGGCAGCUGCAUCAACACAAUGACGAGCUGGUCGCAAAGGUACAAGCGUUGAGCGAUCAAGUCCAGCGCUUACGGCAGGAAAAGAUCGAGUUGGAACGCCGGACGUCGGCGGCCCACGAUCAGGACAAGGCGCAGCUCGAGCUUGCCGUGCGGGUGCUCGAAGCGAGCAACGUGGAUUUGGGCCACCAACUCAGCAUAGCGCGUGGUGCGCUGGCCGACUUGGAGCGGCAGCUCCACAAGGCGAAGGAAGAGUGCCAGCUCAUGGAGAUGGCUGCGACCGAGAGCCGCCUCCAGCACGAAACCCGGCUGAACGAGCGCCUCGGCAUGGAAAGACGAAUGGUCCAAAAGCAACAGCUCGACCUGGACAUGGCCACGCAGACCAUGAUGGAGGAAAAGCAGUUGCUGCAACAAGUCGUGCAAUGCUUGAACGACCGGCUCAAGUUGCAGCUCGAGUUGCUGGCGAAAACCCCCCACGACUCUGCGACGAUGCCUCGGGAAGGGUGGGCGCACGCACAAACCCAGUGGCAACGUGUCCAAGAGAAGUGCGACGACGCUGACUGGCAGCUCCUUCACAUGAAGGCUAGGCUGGACGAGAUGACCGACGCGCCAGCAACGGCGCGGCUUCCGCCGUCUACAUCGAAGCGACCAGCGAACCUAAAGCAAUCGCCCUUUUCAGACGCGAUUGCGGCGGGCCAGCGGGCCGUGGCGGUGGCCGAGAAGCUCCAUCAACCAGACAAUGCCAUCGAAAGCGAUUCGUUUGCCGCCGCGUUGGCGAAAGAAAUGAAAACGAUGAAGGACACGUACGAGGCCAGGCUCCACGAACUCAGCGCAGAGCUCAAGCGGGUCCAGAAUAUGCGCUGCGACCACACGGCCCGACUGCAACACGACUUGGCAGAUGAAAAGCUCAAGCACGCGGCGAUGGUCAUGGAUGCACCGUGGACUGAUGCAUGUGUAUGGUGAGCUCACGGCUGGGAGUAUAGGUCGGUCAUCUCGAAGAGAAGUGUGCCGGGUUGGAGAAAGCUCUAGCCGCGCACAUGACAGCCAUGCGACGAGAGCGUGAUGAAGAAAUCGACUUGAUAUGUCGGUCACGGGUCGAGCGCGACGGCAAGGCAAAGGUCGCCGUGCUGGAAGCGCUGCUCGAGUGCCGCGCCAAAGCAUGCAGCGACGAGCUCCAGCGACGCAUGACCGUCCACGACGAGGUUCGAAAGCCAAUUCGAAGUAAGACGUAGAAUCGCCACGUCCGCACUAUCCGCACCUCGGAAGUCUUCGUUGUUUGUCACGCGCACUCAGCCGCACUCGCUUAUGGCGCAGCAUGACCACGGCAAUCGUUCUUAUUCAAAUGACAACGUCCAGCGCCGAGUCUGGUCGGGCGCACCGCCCGCAUUCCCACGCCAGAGGCGGUCCAUGCUUCCUCCAUGCCGCCGUGUUAGAAAGUGUUGCAAGAAAAUCGACUUUGCUCACUUUUUUGAUCAAACCUCCUGUGAAAUAUAUCUGAAAAAUAGGUGAAA